CCGAGGGCUCGCACGCCGCGCGUCAUGACCGCACCGCCGGCGUUCAAGACGCUCAUCGUCGGCGUGAACGCCGCCACGCACGUCGGGACGCUCGCGCUGAACCGCCCGUCCAAGUCGAACGCGAUCGACGGCGACAUGUGGAGGGAGGUCCCGGAGGCGAUGCGAUGGCUGGACGAGAACGAGCACGUCCGUUGCGUGCUGCUGACGGGCGAAGGGAAGAACUUCUGCGCGGGGAUCGACGUGUCGACGCCGGAGUCGCUGUCCUCGCAGCUGGGGCAGUCGAACGCGAUGAAAGGGGCGUGCGCGGGGAGGAAAGCCGAGGCGCUGUACCGGCACAUACGAAGGCUGCAGGACUCCUUCACGUCCGUAGAGCGGUGCCGCGUCCCCGUGAUAUGCGCGAUCCAAGGCGCGUGCUUCGGCGGCGGCGUCGACUUGGUCACCGCGUGCGACGUCCGGUUCUCGACGCGAGACGCGCGGUUCUGCGUGAAGGAAGUCGACCUCGCGAUAACGGCUGAUAUCGGAACGUUACAGCGCCUCCCGACGAUCGUUGGCCACGGCGUCGCGACCGAGCUCGCGCUGACCGCGCGGGAGAUAUCGGGCGAGGAGGCGGAGAGGGUGGGGUUAGUGACGCGCGCGUUCGCGGACGCGGGGGAGUUGUCGCGGGGCGCGUCGGCGGCGGCGAUCGCCGUCGCCGCCAAGUCGCCGCUCGCGGUGCAGGGCACGAAAGCGGCGAUGUUACACGCGCGGGAUCACAGCGUGAACGAGGGGUUAGAGCACGUCGCGGUGAUGAACUCCGCGCGGUUGACGUCGGAGGAUCUCACGGAGGCGAUGAGCGCGAAGUUCCAGAGACGGAAGCCGAUCUUCGCGAAAUUGUGA